GUAAAAAUGAGUGACUCUGUUACAAACUAAAAAGCGGUGAGGAAGUUAAAAUGUCUAAGUGCCGUGCAUGGGGUCAAGUAGCAACAUCUACCCAGAUGUACUUCUUACACGCUAAAAGUAGUAUGAUUUAGCCAGUCAACACACAGGCGUGAAUGCCGAAGACUUCAGAGAGGAGUUUUCACCUACGUAGUGGGAAUGAAGUGACUACUGAUGGCACUGUAAAAUAACUUCACAGACGGCUGCGCAAAUUGACAGAAUGGCUUAUCACCACUUUUUACCGGCCAGUCCUUCAGAUUUCACAACUGGCCCCGUGCUUGGACAGCAGUCUCGAUUCGUUUCAGCUGGAUACGGGAAACAGCCGGUUGCGAACGUGCUUCAUAACUCUAUUCGUUUUGCACUCAAAGAAGCAGCCGCGUCUCCUGCUCACCUUCCUGUGGAGACGCGCGAUCCCGAUGUGGCACCUGAGGAUGACCCCGUGGUUCAGCUGGAAGGCAAGGAUCUGUGGGGGCAGUUUCACAAAAGCGGCACAGAGAUGGUCAUAACAAAGUCUGGAAGGCGAAUGUUUCCACCAUUUAAAGUGCGCUGCAGCGGCUUUGACAGGAAGGCGAGGUACAUCCUGCUAAUGGAUAUAGUUGCGGGUGACGACUACAGAUACAAGUUUCAUAACUCUCGAUGGAUUGUGGCUGGAAAAGCCGACCCAGAAAUGCCAAAACGAAUGUACAUCCAUCCAGACAGUCCUGCUACUGGGGAGCAAUGGAUGUCAAAAUCUGUGACCUUUCAUAAACUUAAACUGACAAACAAUAUAUCUGACAAACAUGGAUUUACCAUUUUGAACUCCAUGCACAAAUACCAGCCGAGGUUUCAUGUAGUUCGAGCCAACGACAUCCUCAAACUUCCUUACAGUACAUUUAAAACGUACGUGUUUCCUGAGACAGAAUUCAUCGCUGUCACAGCAUACCAAAACGAGAAGAUAACUCAGCUGAAAAUCGACAAUAAUCCGUUUGCCAAAGGAUUCCGGGAUACCGGAAAUGGAAGACGUGAAAAAAGGAAACAACAAAGGUGUGAAGAAGGGGAAGCGAAAAAAGCCAAUGUGUCCACAGACGACCAAAGUUCAUCAAAUUAUUUAAUUCAAGAAGCAAAUGUCAUCACAUCAACUUCAACAGAUACAAAUGACAGUGACAUUGUUGGAUAUGGAGAAGAGAAGGGUAUUAAUGGAGAUGAGAAGUCAAUUUCACAGGAUGACCAAAAUUCCAGAGAAAUCUCUACAACCAUGCAGGAGCCAAAGGAUGAAUCAAAGGAGGAGAUACAAAAAAUCAGAAACACAGAAGUCAACAGCAAUGAAAAACAUGGUGUGGAGAGCACUGAACCUUUCAAUAAAAAAAUAAACCAGGAACAAAGGUUUGCGGUUGAUGUGACUGAUGCUUCACCGAAGAGUUUGAUCGCUCGGCAGUAUUACAUGCCCUAUGCAACUGGAAUAAUGAAUUAUCUGCGUAUGCCACCACAUUUCUUGUCAAAUUUAUCUCAGGUUAACUGUGUUGGAACCCUACCACUUUUGACAACUGAAGCAACUGGUUCUUGGUUGUUUAGAAGUUUAAAUGAAGAAGCUCAAGGUUACAUAUCUGCUGCUUCAUCCUCAAAACAAGGAUUCAUUGGUAUGCCAGAUUCAUCAUUUAGCUUUCAACACAGAACAACCCCUCAGGGUGUGCUUGUUUCUGCACAUGAAGGAAUUUGGUCUUAUCCACAAAAUUACAUCACACCUGCUGCCACCUCCUCUUUGGGGUCUUACCAAGUUCACCACCCCCAUUUUCUCAAUCUGAGCUGCCGACCCCAAUGCAGACCUUCGCCUCUACCAGUGUGGGUGCAUGGAAGAAAAAUGUCACAAACCUCAGUAUUAAUAUCCAAAUGUGAAACUAAUACAAAUGAGCAUGUCGGUACUACAACUUAUGGAUCUGUGGUUAGAUCAAAAAUUGAUCAUGAUCAAAACAAACUGUGUCAGGAUUUUUAG